AAUCCUAAAAAUAACGAUAUAUUCAAGAGCGUCUUCUGGUAAUCCUCACACGUCAACGGCGAACGCACGACGCGCGACGUUCCGGCAUUAACUCACCCACGUUCUGCGCACAAUAUAAUAUCGAAAAACGUGUCGUCAACGUAAAAAUCGUAUUUUCUUCGACAGGCCUGACGAAUCAACGUCCGAGCAAAGCCCUCCAAACAUAAACAAUUCUCGACUGACCGAGAGUAACCGUGUUUACGCAUCGACUGUUACCGCAAUUGAAAAGACGUCGCACGUGCCAUCGACCCACGACGACCGCGCCCGGACAUGAGCUCUGGCAGCGACGCGGCGGCGCCGGUUGUGGCGGACUCGAUCAGCAGAGAUGGCGGCGCCGGCAGCAGCCUGUCCGACCUGUUAGCCGGUUCGCUGGCCGGCGUGGCCGUCGUGCUGGUCGGCCAGCCGCUGGACACGGUCAAGACCAAGCUGCAGACGUUCCGCGGCCUUUACUCCGGGCCCGCGCACUGUCUGGCCCACACGUACCGGAAGUCCGGUCUGCGGGGCCUGUACGCCGGCUCGUCGCCGGCCAUGGUGGCCGGCGUGGCCGAGAACUCGGUGCUGUUCGCGUGCUACGGCCUGUGCCAGCGCGCAGUGGCCGCGGUCACCGGGGCCCGGGACGCCAAGCAGAUGGACGCGCUCAGCAACGCUGUGGCCGGAUGCGCGGCGUCCGUGUUCUCGUCCGUGGUCCUGUGCCCUGCCGAGCUGGUCAAGAUCAAGCUGCAAGCUGGCCGCGAACUGGCUGAAUCCCGGGGGCAGCGGUUCCAAGGUUCCGUGUACCGCGUCACCAAGGACAUCGUGAGGCACCAUGGCCUCGGAGGUCUGUUCCGCGGACUAGAGAUGACAGUGGCCCGGGAGAUGCCCAGCUACUUUUGCUUCUUCGGGGUGUACGAGGCGGUCCGGGAGGCGCUGAAACCGGCCGGUCGGACCCGUGCCGACUGCGGCCUGCUGGCCACCACUGUGGCCGGGGCCGCGGGCGGCGUGCUCCUGUGGACGGUCACGUUUCCGGUGGACGUGGUCAAGUCUCGGAUACAGCUGGACGACGCGUUGCCCACGCGCGGCUGGACCAUGUGCAUGUUGCACAUGUACCGGAACGAGGGCGUGGUCGCACUGUACAGCGGACUGGCGCCGACGCUGGUCAGGUGCAUUCCAUCGUCCGCCGUGCUGUUCCUCGUCUACGAGUACACCAAAAAGCUGUUUGACACCUAGGCCAGGAGUGGUGGGGGGGAGGCGCAUCGAAGAACGUCCCGGAACGGCCCGCGAGACACACCUAGAAUUGAGGGUGGGUUCUCGAACAUCCCAAACUUUGAAAAAUUCAAAAAGUUGGAAUUAGUUGAAAGGUUAACAUUUUUGUAUUCGAAAUCGAAUACUUUGAACUCAGACAUUUCAAACGGUUCGAGAAAAAUCGAAUUGAUAUCGAUACUAUCAUAAGUAUAAUAGAUACCUAUCUAUUUUUUUUUACGCAUCAAAUUGUGCACCAAGAACGUUAAUAAUUAAUUGUUAUAACUUUUUCAUUAAAAUAGGGUACCUAUAUUUUUUGUUUAAAAUUAAAACGGACUCGUGAAUGAAAUUUAAAGGUCGAAAGUUCGUAAGGUUCGAUAAGUUUGAAAAAAGUUCGAAUAAAAAUGGAUUUGAGUUUGAUCUUGAUCAGUUCGGAAAAAAUAACAAAGUUCAUACUCUAGUGACAGCUAGUAAAAAUUUUGAUGUUUUACCCAUCCUUACCUAUAAUACCUAACCCUAAUUAUUAUACUUGAAACGUUGCCCGAAAGUGGAGGUGCGGUGACGCUUUGAGUGGCUUUAUAUUGUACAUAGUAGACGCGAUGACAAUACCUAUAGUUUUAAUUACGAUUUUUAAGAUUUUUUUCUAUACACUCGUUUAUUAAUAUCAUUUUAUUUUUUAGAAAAACAACAUACAUAAUAUUACUGCAUCUUUGUCCUUAUAAUAUUAUAUGCUCGUAAAUACGGUGUCAAUAUUUAUAGAUAUUAUAGUAAAAAUACUAUGCAUGAUUAUGUUUUUUUUUACAUUUUUAACAAUCUAAGAUUAGACUGAUAUGAUAUAUUAUUGUUGUGUGACUAAAUAUGUCCGUAUUAUAUCUUAAUACUAGAGCUAUAAUAGGUUACUUAGGUUAAAAAACCGACUGACGUUAAGUUAUAGUUUUUUUUUUUAUGACUUAUAUGAAAGGCAA